AUGGACAAAGACUUGUCUUCUCGUUUACCGCGUGCCUCUGUCGACAGUGCUUCGAAAGAGGGCGACGAGAACGAGAAAGAACGAUUGACGAGGAGUCGCCAAGCUGACUGUACCGGCAAGAGGGAGGCCACCCAUGGGCUUUCUGGUUCUGCGGGGGGGCUGGGCCUGCCUUCGGACCCGCAUUCCCCCACGCCAGAGGAUUGCACUCUUCCCUCUGGGGCCCAUUCUCCAACUGUUCAGCCUGGAGACGCCGGUGCGGAGGAAGCGGCGCUUACGCCGGAGGAGGCUCAACGGUGCAAGGAUGCCGCCCGAGCAAACGGUGUCCCCGAGCUGCAGGACCAGACGAACCUACUCCCCUUCCGGCAGCUGCUCGUCGUCUUCACCGGUCUGGCAAUCGCAAUCUUCGUCUCUCUUCUCGACCAGACCAUUGUCAGCACGGCCAUUCCACAAAUCGCGAACGACUUCAACUCAGGACAGCAGGCCGAGUGGGUCGGCACCUCCUACCUUGUUACGAGCACUGUCUUCCAGCCCAUCUACGGCAGGGUGAGCGACAUCUUCGGGCGGAAAUUCGUGCUCCUGUUCACCCUCGCCGUAUUCCUCAUCGGUUCUAUCCUCUGCGCUAUUGCGCAGAGCAUGAUCCAGCUCAUCGCCUUCCGUGCCGUGACAGGCAUUGGCGGAGGGGGCAUCAUCACCCUGGUGAUGAUCAUCGUCUCCGACGUCGUGGCCAUGAAGGAUCGUGGGAAGUACCAGGGCAUCAUUGGUGGCAUCGUCGCAUUGGGAAACAGCAUCGGUCCCGUCAUAGGCGGUACAUUUACGACCAAAGCAACCUGGCGUUGGUGUUUCUGGCUCGGCGUCCCUCUGGCAGGUGUAGCGAUCGUAGUUGUCAUCUUCCUACUCCCGCUGCGUAGGGUGAAAGGGGAUAUGAAGACCAAAUUGAAGCAAGUUGACUACGUGGGCACAGUCCUGUCGCUGAUGGGUACUAUGGGUAUCCUUCUGCCCCUCUCGUGGGGUGGAACCUCCUUCCCUUGGAACUCGGCAGCAGUUAUCGCUCCUCUCAUUCUCGGGGCCUUCUUCAUCGGCUGCUUCGUUAUCGUUGAGUGGAAAUUUGCUAAAAUUCCGAAUAUUCCACUCGAGAUCUUUCGCAACAAGACUGUCUGCGGCGUGCAAAUCGCGACCUUCCUCUCAGGUUGCGCGUUCUACGUCCAGCUCUACUACCUUCCCCAGUACUUCCAAGUGGUCAAAGGCGUCACCUCUCUGCAGUCCGGCACCCAGCUCCUCCCACUAAUCGUCGUCCAGACCGUAUUCUCCUUUUCCUCAGGUCUGAUCGUCUCCCUCUCCGGGAAAUACAGGGCGAACAUCUACCUGGGUUUCGCCAUCUGGUCUGUGGGGCUCGGGCUGCUAUCGACGCUGUCUUUGCACUCCACCGAAGCGCAGCAAGUUGGCUACCUGAUCUUAACCGGUGUCGGCGCAGGCCAGACAUUCCAGACAACGCUCAUCGCCGCCCAGGCAGCAGUGCCAAGGAAUCAGAUGGCCGUCGUUACCGGAACGCGGAACUUUGUCCGCAUGCUUGGAGGUACAGUCGCUCUGGCCGUGUGCCAGGCUAUCCUGAACAACACUGUCAAAACCGGACUACUCAACGCCGGUUUCGCGCAAGACCUAGUAGACACGAUCACCUCCUCUCCUACGACAUACACCUCUCUGUCCCUCACCCCAGCCCAGAUCCUCAUCGUCCAGAAUACGUUCUCCAACGGGGUACAAAACGUUUUCCGGUUCUGCUUCCCCUGCGCUGUGGUCGCGUUCUUCGUCUCGGCGCUGAUGAUCGAGCAGCAUUCGCUGAAGCGAGGGGAUGAGGAACAGCUUAAGACCAAGGGGAAGGAAUGGGCUGCUAAGCACUCGCAUAAGAAGGAGGGGGAGCAUAGUAUGGUCAGUGCGGAGCACCCGAGUGAGGCGAGUACGAGUACGCCUGUGAGUCCCACCGUGGACACGGAGAAAUCCCAGCCUACUAUCAACGAAAACCGAUGA